CAUCUAUGCGCUGGAUGAUUUGCUGAUUGCAGCAUCCGCCUGCCAGGAUGACACAGACUUUCAGUUAGUACUGUCGCACACUUUUGUGGGCCUGCUCAGCUCGGACUCGCCGGGCUGCAAACAGACGCCCGCUGAAUCAGCCGCAUCCGCAGCCAAUGAAGCUGCUUCUAUGCCCACAGCCCAACCUAUUCUCCAGCCUGUUGUGGUUCCACUCUCCUCCCUUCAGCGCAUUGGAAUUGUGAAUGUUGGCUUCCAAUUCAAUGCCCUUGUUGUCCAUCCAGAAAACGAGGCUCUUUUCGCCGCCAGUGAUUCCAGGAUAUUUGACUUAUUCAGCCAGUCCCCGAAACUGUUGUACCACUUUAAACCGGUGGAAGGGAAGUUCUCUGACGCGACUUUCAUUCGUCGGCCCAACGGACCCCGGACCAAAGACCAACCUGAAGCAUUGACUGAAACAGACAGCCUGUUGGACGUCAUCCUCGUAGUGAUUUCCACGUUUGGGUCAAUAAUAACCCAGAGCCUGAUACCCGAAACUCAGAUCUCCCACGGUCAGUACUACCUCUAUGAUUGGCUGGAGUGGAAUCCGGAGACGGUGUCUGCGGGUGCCGCUUCCAGCCUUCAACGUGACCCACGCACCGGAACUCUCGGUGGCGGCGGAGUCUGUGUUUACUAUGCGGCCUCUCUCUGCCUGCUUCUACACUCCUACCACAGCGGACACACUGUCGCCAGUGCGCUGGAAUUUUCCACCAUCACCAACAGCAGCGGCACCGAAGCCAAUUCUUCUGCUAAUCUCAUCAAGGUCAAGCACUCCUUCCUCCUGACUACGGAUACUGCACCCGUCAAAUUACCCUCUUCACCGUCACACAGGUGGGUGCGCUUGAUGCCUGCAGUCUCUGCGCUUUUACUCCACCCGCUUCCAACUGUUUGCACUCAGUUCUACGUAGGUUCUCCUGUGUACUGUGGGUUAGACGACUGUGGCCUUCCAUUGCUACCCCCGUAG